GCCCUUCGCUCUUCGACACCCCACUUCGUACGAGCAAUGCCUCUCACUAAGCCGUACAGCGGUGCCAGCCGCAAGCUUGUGAUUGGGAUUGACUUCGGUACCACCUACAGUGGUGUCUCAUACGCUAUCCUUUAUAACCGUGAAGUACCAAAGAUCUUGAGCGUCACACGCUACCCUGGCCAAGAGGGCGAUAAGCAAGUGGGAGAUACCAAGAUCCCGACGAUCAUCUACUACAGUAAGGAUGGACAAGUUCGUGCUGUGGGUGCAGAGGCGGAGAAUUCGAAGCUGGACGCUGAAGAUGAAAACUGGAAACUUGCGAAGUGGUUCAAGUUGCACCUACGUCCGUCAGACUUGGCAGACUUCCUCGAGUACCUCUUCACUUGUGCGAAGGACCACAUUUCGCAGGCGCAUCUAGAAGGCCCGCAGCUUGUGGAAUCAUCUUCCAACAUUGAGUUCGUGCUGGCCCACCCAAAUGGCUGGGGAGGUAGCCAACAGUCCUGCAUGCGAGAGGCUGCAGUCCUGGCGGGUCUGAUCCCGAACAAUCAGGAAGGCGAAGAGCGUCUUCAUUUCGUCACGGAAGGGGAGGCGAGCCUUCAUUACUGCAUUGCAAAGGAACUUGCAGCAGACAUUAUCAAGGCUGGGAAACGCCUGGUCAUUGUGGACGCUGGUGGCGGUACAGUAGACAUUAGCACGUAUGAAAUCGUGUCUACUGCUCCGAUAUCCGCGAUCGAGGCCACCGUUGCCGAUUGUCUCAUGCAAGGCUCUACCUAUGUAAACUCCAGAGCCGAGGAUUUUUUGCGAAAGAAGCUGAACGUUGCGUGUCGGGACAAGUCUAAGAAGUCUCGGUUCGGUGAUGAGGAGUAUCUUGACGUUAUGAUGGAUAAGUUCGAGAGCUACACCAAACCGACGUUCCGGGAGACCACAAAGUCUUCACAGAUUGAAUUCACUGGUCAUCGCGAAGCAGACGAGAAGUACGGCAUCAAACGCGGUAGACUGACUUUGAUCCAAUCGGAGAUGGCCUCCUUCUUCGAUCCAUCCAUCAAAGCUAUCGAGGAUGCUAUCAAGAAGCAAGUCGCAGGCGCUGGUGGAACCGUCCACAUGGUGCUACUCGUCGGGGGCUUUGCCGCCAGCCCAUAUCUCCGCGCAAAGUUGCAGACGUACUCUCAACGAGAAGGGCUAACUUUAAUCUGUCCCGAAAGCCAGCCCGCCAAAGCAGUCGCAGAAGGUGCUCUUUACUUUCACCUUGACGACGUGGUAGCCGCGCGCGUGGCGAAGUUCCACUACGGCUCAUCCUGCGCUGUGCCGUGGAUCCCAUUUUUGCCUGAUCACAUGAUGCGAAGGGCGAAGGUGGGAGUUAAUGCCGCGGGGAUCCCCCUCGUCCCCGGAGGGUUCUGCAUCAUCUUGCCAAAGGGUGCACUGGUCUCAAAGGAUGAAGAAUUUGGGGAGACUUUCUCUCGAACCUGGGACCAGUCAAGCGAAGACAUAUCGUGUGAGGUGAUCCGCUACAAGGGCGCCAGGGAGGACCCGUGUUGGAUUGACGACGAGCCCAAAAUGUUCCAAACCUUAUGUACCAUUCGUGCCGACGCAUCCAGCGUGCCGAAGGUGAAGGAGACCGGCAGGUUCGGUCCGUAUGAAGUGCAAAACUUUCGUCUCGUCCUCUUGUUCGGCCUGACCGAGCUCAAGGCGCAGUUGGCCUGGAAGGAAGAUGGGGGAGAAAAGAGGAGCCCCGCCAAGGUCAUCUUUGAGGACGAUGCGAAGUGAGCAGCGG